CGAUUUGCUCUCAGAAUUUCACACGGCAAGAGUCACGAAACGAUUGUUGCUAUUCCGUGUUCGACAAGGUUGAGAAAGAGGACCCAAGUUGAAGAGGAGACUUAUUGUUUUGCUAUGGACUUUAAAGUGGACUGAAUUUGUUUCUAGAAGUUUCUCUGCGAAUGCUAUCUAUGAGAUUGGUGUCCUGCCGAUUUUUGAAGCAAACAUAAAGAAGGCCAUUGUAAUGUUUGUUCGCCAGGAAUUAAACCUUGUGUCAGCAGACAUUAAUCCUGGGCAGAUUUUGUGAAAUUCAAGCUUCUUUAUUGUUAAGCUGUUGACCAUGUCUGUUUUUUUUGUGUGUGACAUACCUCCCACGUGACCAGAACUGAUACAAUCAGUGAUACUUCACAUUUGUUUCCGUUCCUGACUGUGUGAAUUCGACCACUGAUCAUAAAUUCAGAACAACAAAUCGCUUGCAGAUAUCAAGGUGUUGUGGCAGCGUCUGCAAAUAUAUGAAGUGUACUUUUGCGGCUCCGUCAAGACCUUUGUUUGGAUUUGACACUAUGAUUCAUAAGGACCUUGAAGAGAGUAAAGAAGAGGAAUUGGACAGUUUGCUGCAUUUAGUGAAAGCUUGCUUCAUCAACAGUAACUUAAUAGUCCACCCAAAAACAUUUGGAAUCCCACUGACAAAGUUAAUGAGAAUUUGUGAUUUUAUCAAGAAGAGAGCUGUGACCCAAUUAGAUCUGGUUCAAAACUGUGGAAAUUCACAUCUAAUGAAAUGCAUGAGGAUGUCCUUCAGUGAAACUGGUGAUGCUCCAUGGAAGGCUGAAUGUGAUGUGGUAACCGCCACGAUGUUGUUGGAAAUGAUUCUGCGAGAACUGCCUGACCCAAUUGUUCCUAAGGAAAUUUGUCCAGCUUAUGUUAAUGCAGUUCAAGAUAUACAGAGAGACAAGGAAGGCUGCAUUUUGAAGUUGAAAUGUCUAGUAGAAAAGUUGCCAUUAGAAAAUUUUAAUACUUUGAAAUUUAUUGCUCAGUUCAUUGAUCAUUUGGGUCAACAAAACAGUGGAAACAGAGUGACUACAAUCAUGGGGUUUUUGGGACUGGAAAUAUUCAGAUUGGCUGAUGAAGUGGCCAACCAUAGAAAACACUUUGUUUGUAAUCUGUUAAUGGAGCUCUUUGUCGGUGAUUAUAAUGCCAUUUUUGAAAGUGGUUCUGAACUAUCAUUAGAAAAUAAACCCUUAAGAAGCAGAAAACAUAGUGAUGGGAAUUGUUUGAAUGCUGAUCCAAAAGCUGUUGUAACAUCAUAUUCUGGUGAAUCUGUGGGAAAUUUGUGUCCAUUAGAAGUUGGUUCUUCAGUCAGUCUUAAGCCAUUAUCUAUUAUCAUUCCUCCACUGGAGAAGUAUGAUUUUGAUGCUGUUUCAGCAAAAGUACCAACACUUCUUAUUGAGUAUAGGCUGGAACAGGAACAGCAGUUGCCAUUAAAUUGCUAUCACGAGACAGCCAUUCCUCAACAAUCUUUACUCUAUCAUGGUAGAAAAUGUAAGGAGCAUAAACCUUCAGAAGAAAACUCUUUGUUGACUCAGUCAUGCUGUAUAAAUCAAGAAUCAAAUCACAGUGGCAUGUCCAAGCAAUAUUUGUCUUUCAAGAAUAUCCAUAUUGGGGAUAAUGUAAAGAAUAAACAAGAGAAUCUUGUAGAAGAAACUUUUGGAAGUCAAGUGGACCCUGAUUUUGAAGAAAAUAUUUCCUCCUUUGAUAAUUUAUUAAAAACGUCAAAAGACUUUGCGACAAAAUAUAAAGAAAGUAGUGACAUUGAUAAAGAGAACUUUGAAAGCAAUAAACAUUUUCGUACUGAGAGAUAUCACAUGUCAAGUCCCAAGUGUAAAGGUGGUUUUGACCGGUAUGUUCAAUGUGGGAAUUGGUUCACUUCAUGUCACCAAGGUGUGGAUAAAGUUCCUGUUCUUCAUUCUGCUAGUAAAUUUUCUUAUCCAUUAUUAGAACUACAUCCCACUAGUAGUGAGGACACAAAUCAUAGCAGUGAAGAAGAUACGAGUAAUGAAAACAGUAUCCCCUUUUUUGACUUUACAUUUUCACAUGAUCACGACGAUUUUCAUGAACCCAUUCUUUCUGAACAUCGACACAGUUGGCCAUUUACAAGGAGUGAUUUAGAAGAUCCUAUGCUUUCUCCAUCAUUUUAUCAUUUGAAAAGAGCAAAUUCAUGUGAAGCAUCUCUGUCUCCAAGUGCUGGCAUCUAUCUGCCAUAUCUAGGAUCUCUGGAUCCUAAUGUACCUCCCUCUUCACCUAAGGAGCAACAUACUUUUGAAAAAAGGGUACACAGAAAGAAAGACAAUAUCUCAUUUUCAAUUAAACAACUGACAAAAAAGAUACACAAUCUAAAGAAGAAAAUCCGACAUUUUGAAGAAACCUUUGAAGCAGAUCACUGUUUUAGACCCUCUCUUGUUGACAAAAUGAAGGAUUAUGAAGUGAAAAAGAUGAUAACAGAACUCGCCAAGGUCCGAAAAGAACUAAAGGAUUUGAAGGAAGAACAGCAGUUGGAACAAGAUUGCAGUGACUCUAUAUCCACAGAUUUUAUUAUGAAAAGCUGGAAUGUGGGUCAUGGUGACUGGUCAGAUGAAAGUUGUAAACAUUCAAUAGAAAAAUUUCUAGAUAAAACCAUGACAAAUUUGUUGGAUGAUAAAUGUUCCGUCAACAGACCAGAUGCUAUUGAAGUAAAUAGUAGCUCUGUGUGUGAUAUGAUGAAAGACCAAAUGCUAGAGGAAAAGUUAGCUGUUCAGAAAGAACUUUUGAGGUUUGAAAAAAUUUAUGGUCGACCAGCUACAAAGAUUCAGAGAGAGAUGAUGCGUCCUGUGUAUGAUCAUUAUCGCGAUGUUAAGCGAAUGAUUGGCAGAGUUAGCACCUUUGGAAAUUCUGUGGGAAAAGAAAGUGGAAUAGAGCUACAGCCAAUUUUAGAAAAUGUUCCCAUGAACUUUACCUCUCCAGAAAGAUAUUGCACCUUGGGCCAGGUGAAAGGAAAUCUACAAUCUGUUACAGAAACAUUUACAUCUAAUUUGUUGCCUAAAAAAGAGCAUACUUGUGUGACUGAUCAUAGAGUUAGUGAUAUAACCAAACCAGCAGAGGAAUUUGUGAUAUCAGAGAUAAAAAAUUCCAAUCUUCACGAGUUAUCUUUAUCUGAGUUGAUUCAACGGCAAAGGCAAACAAGAACCGAGAAACGAAGAUUAAAGAAAAUUAUACGUGAAUUUGAAGAAGGGUUCCAACACAAAAAUGGAAAAAAAGCACAAAAAGAAGACAGAAUUGCAGUGGAGCCAAUAUACAGUGAAUACAAGAAUGCCAAGGGAAAAUUAAAGCUGUUAGAAGCUCUUGUAGCCAAGCACGAACUUCACCAUAGAAUUUAAAGCUUCAAGACCAAGAGUUAUUUAACCUUUUUAAAGUGUUUAACUAAAUUACAGAAAAGACAAAUAGUUAAGAGUAUUUUUUAGGAAAAGUUGGUGUACAAAAUACAAAUUAAAGCCUAAUGUACUUGUGAUUUCAGAAUUAAUACACAAUUUGUUGACAUUUAUCUUUCAUGUGGACAUACCUAAAAAUAUUUAAAGUUUAUUUUUUAUUACUGUUAUAACUGUUUAAAUAUAUUCAAGGCAAGUACCAUUUUUUUUGUUCAAACAAAAGCCUAAUGUACUUGUGAUUUCAAUGUUAAUAAACAAUUUGUUGACAUUUAUCUUUCAUGUGGACAUACCUAGAAAUAUUGAAAGUUUAUUUUUUAUUGCUGUUAUAACUGUUUUAAUAUAUUCAAGGCAAGUACCAUUUUUUUUUGUUCAAACAAAAGCCUAAUGUACUUGUGAUUUCAGUGUUAAUACACAAUUUGUUGACAUUUAUCUUUCAUGUGGACAUACCUAAAAAUAUUGAAAGUUUAUUUUUUAUUGCUGUUAUAACUGUUUAAGAUAUAUUCAAUGCAAGUACCUUUUCUUUAUUCAAACAAUUUUGAGUAUUUUGUUCUUUUGUACUUUAUUAAAAAUAAAAGUUGUGUGUGUGUUGCCAAAUUAGUUUGUCAUACUUGUUAUAUGUUGUAAAGUAGUUGUUACAAGUAUAGAUUUUACUUGAUCUUUUUUAAUUAAUAUAAAUUUAUUAAUAAAUUACCUUCCAGGUUGUUUCAGUAGCAUAAUGUUUACGUGAUGCUAUUUUAUCAUAAAAUAUACAGUAGUAUUUACUUUUGGAGACAAUAGCCAAUAAAUAUGUGAAAUAUGUAGUACUGGUUUUGUAAUUACAAAUAUAUUUUUAAUCAGCAUAACAUUGUUUAUACAACUAUACUUUGCAAAUAUUAAUUAUAGAACUUCAUACACAAACUGAUGAAUUACUGUAGCGCACAUUAAUCAUGGUGCUCCCCCAGUGGCUUAGCAGUAAGUCGGAGUUCUUGUAAUACUAAAAAUUGGGUUUCAAUACCCAUGGUGUAAACAGCACAGAUAGCUUUUUAUGUAGCUUU